AUCGAUAGGCAUACUCUUUUUCUGUCGAUAACUUAAAUUCCAAUGACAUAGUCGAUGACAUUUAUUUUGGCCUUGCUUUGACCACUUUGACCUUUUCUUUCUACUGGAGUACUGGGUCAGUCAGGUGGUACAUAAUUAAGAAUUUUUGCAGAAUUUGUGCCGGCUCUCACGUGUAAAAGUAACUGAUUUCCAUCGUUUUCCUUUCUAAGAUUCUUCAAGUGUAUCAGUAAUAAUCUCCUAAGAUGGCUCAAAAUGUUUUGCCAUUCCAACUCCAAGCUUUGGAGAAAAAGAACCACUUGGACCAUUUGUGUGCCCUUGAUAUCAAUUCCAGAGCCUCGUUUAUCCGUCUUUCUGGAAUAAUAUGUACCAUUGGACCCGCUUCAAGGGACCCAGAGAUCUUGGUCCAAAUGAUGGAAUCUGGUAUGAACUGUGCCCGUUUGAACUUCUCUCACGGUUCUCACGAAUAUCACGCUGAGACCAUCGCCAACAUCAGAAAGGCCGUCGAAAUGUACAGCAAGAAAAUCGGCAUGCCCUACCCAUUGGCCAUUGCCCUAGACACCAAAGGUCCUGAAAUUCGUACUGGACUUUUAGAAGGGGGUGGCUCUGCUGAAGUCGAACUAGUCAAAGGACAAACAAUCAAAUUGACCACAGAUAAGGCUUAUGAAUCCAAAGGCACAAAAGACUGCAUAUACGUCGACUAUGACAAUAUCCAGAAAGUAGUCAAAGCAGGAAACCGUGUUUACGUUGAUGAUGGUCUAAUUUCUCUAGUAGUAGACAGUAUUCAAGGAUCUUUCCUCACUUGCACAGUCGAAAAUGGUGGUACUCUCGGCAGCCGCAAAGGUUGCAAUCUUCCCGGAGUUCCUGUAGACUUACCAGCCGUCUCAGAAAAGGAUAAAUCAGAUUUGAGAUUUGGUGUAGAACAAAAAGUAGACAUCGUUUUCGCCUCUUUCAUCCGUGAUGGCGGCGCUUUGACUGAAAUCAGAAACAUUCUAGGGGAAGAAGGAAAAAGAAUUAUUAUAAUUUCGAAGAUUGAAAACCAACAAGGUAUGACCAAUUUGGACGAAAUUAUUGAAGCUUCCGACGGUAUCAUGGUAGCUCGUGGAGAUCUUGGUAUCGAAAUCCCAACCGAAAAAGUAUUCAUCGCUCAAAAGGCCAUGAUUGCCCGAUGCAACAAGGCCGGCAAACCCGUCAUCUGCGCCACCCAGAUGUUGGAAUCUAUGACCAAAAAACCAAGACCUACUCGUGCCGAGAGCUCAGACGUUGCUAAUGCCGUUAUCGACGGUGCUGACUGUGUGAUGUUGUCAGGAGAGACCGCCAAAGGAGACUAUCCUUUGGACUGUGUCCGAACCAUGGCUAAUAUCUGCAAGGAAGCUGAAGCUGCUAUCUGGAGCGGCGAAUUCUUCGGUGACUUGACCUCAAUGAUUCCUGUUCCAUUAGAUAUGGCACAAGCUAUCGCUAUUUCCGCUGUCGAAUCUGCCAAUAAAACAAUGGCAGCUGCCAUAGUUGUAAUAACUACAUCAGGAAAAUCAGCUCAUCUGAUAGCCAAAUUCAAGCCCAGAUGCCCUAUCAUCGCUGUUACGCGUAUUCCACAAACUGCACGUCAAUGCCAAAUGUACAGAGCCAUCCUACCUUUGAUCUACGAAGCUGAACGUAAAGAAGACUGGCUCCAAGACGUAGACGCCAGAUUACACUAUGGUAUCACAUUCGGCAAAUCCCGAGGAUUCGUUAGAACCGGAGAUCCAGUCGUCGUAGUAACAGGAUGGAAACAAGGAUCUGGUUACACCAACACCCUCAGAAUUAUCUACGCAUCCGAUGAAGUAGAGGGCAUAUGUCUUGGCUCAUGCGCAAAGUAAACGUCUAGAAGUUAAUUCAAUAUCAGUGUUAUCUCAGAAAGUCUAAAUAUUUUUUGAAAAGUUACCGGCCAACAACUUCUACAACAUCAGUCAGAAUUCCUUAAUUACGUAUAUUUUAAUUUAUUUUUAGUCGCCUUAGUACUAGUUCACAUCAUUAAAUGAAUUUUUCUAGAUGAAACACCAACACACAUUACUAACAGGUGUCUAAAUUACAAAACAAUUUUUUUUAGCAAUUUGUUGUUUUUUUUUUUCUACAAACUUCAGGUCUGGCUAUUUAUUUUGUGAUUGUUAUUUAUAAAUGUAUUAUACGUGUUAUGAAAUAAACAGACUUCAAAAUUAUAUCCAAAUAAAGUAGUAUUAAACUGUUAAAAAAA